AUACUCUGAUCGCUUUGCAACACAUAAUAACGAGCCGAUAGGUUUUGUAUCGAUAUAUUAUUUAUCAGCGCUCAACACGUGCGACUUGCACGCAUGUUUUUUGUAAAAGUUAAAUUUUAAAUAUUUGCUAGACUAAGAGAUUUUAAUAAAAAAAAAUCAAAUAAAAUGGCAAUACAAUCAAAUCGACGCAAGAGAAAACAUGAGCAGACAACAACGGACCAUCAAGAUGACGGUGAAGAAGUUGUUCCAAAAAAAGUGCCAAAAGAGGGUGCAACAACAACAGAAGAGGCUGCCGGCACGCUGGAUAGUACAGAAAUGCAAGUGGAGGAGCAAGAUCCACAGGUAGCAGGGCCUUCAAAGAAGAAGCACAAAAAGAAAACACAGGAUAUAAAUGGAGAUGAAGCUGAAGUUAGUCCAGACUCUGGCAUAGAACCGGAGCAGGAGCAGCAAAUGCGUUUUCCCAACGAUUUCAAAAUGCUCAACUUUCGCAGCAAAUUACAGGGCAACAAUUUUAUAACAGAGCUGCGCCACUUUUUAUACAUGUGCGAAAUACGUCCCAAGAUUGUCGCCAAGUAUAUAGAAAAGCGCGGCAAGCCUUUGGAGCUGGCGGAGGCAUUCAAUCGCAUAGACAAAAGCAAUGUGCUGCAUUUGGGCUAUCUCUGCGAGGCGCUACAGCGCAUAAUAAUGGAAAUCCUUACCAAUCAAAAGUCACACAUGGAAUCAGCAGCACAUGCCGCGCGAUAUUUUCUAAAAUCCCAUGGUCAAGUACUCGAGCAACUAUUGCAGUCAGCGCAGCCAAAUCAUAGACGCAAUGCUCUCAAGCUGCUAACGGCCAUAGUAUGCGUAGAUGCGCAAUUGGGACGCCAGGUCUUAAGUUCCUACGAUAUAUUGAGCAACUUGCAGACCAUGGAGGAUAUGCUGUCACACUCCAAGAAUGACUACAAGCAGCCCGAGACAGUACGCAAGGCCUACAUACACUUUGUGCUCGCAUUUUUGGUGGACAACAAUACGCUGCUGAUAAGAAACAUUUUAGAUCGCGCUCAACUAAUACGGGUGCUAGCCAAGGGACUGGUAUUUGAUGAUCAUGUCACUGUCUGCGUGGUUCUCAAUGCGCUACGCCAAUACGUGCUCGAGAAUCCCAACAUCUUGAAGACCAAGAAAGUUUACGUAUUUGAUUUGGUUUGCUGCAAAUAUCUGCGGCAGCUUUACAACUGGCAUGGACCCGAGGGCCUGGUGCAGCUUUACAGCAAAGCUGGCAAGCCCACCUAUCAGCCGCAACGCUCGCCGGAGGCUGAGGCGGUAGCUACUGCGGCUCAUCAGCUGUUGUUGCUAUUGUUUACUUCUCGCAAACACGGCAUAAGCUUUGAUGCCAUGAGCAGCUAUCGCUUAAAGCACAAUAAGCUGCAAGGUCAGCUGCUGGGCAGUCUGCAUCGUCCUUAUGCGGAUCCAAUGCAAACAGAGCUGAUUUUAAAAACUCUCGAAGCUUGUCCAGACCUGGUACGAAACACGGUGCGCAAUUACGCUAUAUAUGUAAAUCCUGUGCGCGUCUCUGGACCCGAUUUGCCCAAGGCUCUAGAGCUGCUCUCGCGUAUAAUACUAUCAGUUCCGCCUGGACUACUAGGCGGCUCGUUGGACAAAUUGACGCUCACCGACUUUAGCUACUGGAUUAAGGAGCACUGUCUGCCCCUUGAAGCGCUUCUUCACAUUACCGGCAAAUAUAUGCUCAAGCGCAAGGAAUUUCCAGCGAGACUCGCUGUCAAUCGACUGCUGCUGGCCAUGAUGACACAGUACAGCAAUUAUAUGACUGCAGUGAAUCAACGUGAACAGUCCAAGCGUGCGGGCAACUCGUUGCGUCGUUUCAAGUUUGAUUUACUCAAUCAUCUGCUGACUAACUUUCCCACUAUAGAGAGCAUACUGUACUCGCUCUAUCUAAGCAUACAGGAUCAGGGGCAGGAGGGCGUAGACGUGCUGCAGCAUUUGUCCGUUACUCUUGAUCUUGUGCUGUUGAUGUGCAAGGAGAAUCGCGCCUUUGUUAAUAAGACCAGUCAGAUAUUGGACUAUCUGGAUGUGCUGCGUCCGCUGUACGAGACUAACUUUGAUACGCCUGGUGCACAGCCCGUGGCAGACCUGAUGCAGCUUGAGCUCAAAUCGAUUAAAACCAUACUCUUGCUAUUUCCUCGUGCACUUCAGCCGCAGGAGCCGCUCUUUGGGAAGGUGCUGCGCAGCUUUAUACGCGCCUAUCUGCUCUCAGAUGCAGCCCUUAAGCUUGAGGCGGGCGAGCUGCUGCAAAGACUGUUCCACAAUACGGGCAUGUUUGAGGGCUGCAGCUACGAGGUGGAUAUCUGGCUGGAAGCCCUGGUGGGCUUCGAUGGUGCCACUGUGGAGCAAGUGAGCAGCAUUUUACUUAGCGUGCUCUCGCUGGACAUAAGCGAAGUCGAGCAGCAGGAGCUGCCCGCCUUGGAUGUUUCCGAAGCAGUGCAUCAGCGCCAAGAUUUGCGCAAACUGUUUAAUCAAAUCGAGCAAGGACAAACAGUACAGGCCUAUGUGGACACAUUAACCUUGAGCAAGAUGAUGCCGCUGCUGCUGCAGGGCGUGGAGCUGUCAGCACCAUAUGAUGCCUAUGUGGAGCUAGUUUGUGUGCUGCUCUAUCAUUACCACAGCAAGCCGGGAAAAGUGCAGCAGCUCUAUGGCACGCAACUGGAGCAGCAUGCGGACUACAUGCAGCAAUCGAAGAUUAGUGAGUUGCCAGCGAAUAUAGCGCAGCAUUGGCCGCUUUUGGCGCAGCUGCAGCAAACGUUGCUGCAGGCGCAGCCUAGUUUAAGCUUUGAGCAGGUGUUUGCUUGGCAGGAACAGGCGGAGGAGCAACUGCCCGCCUUUGAGCUGCAGCUGGAGCAGGCGCAAUUCCUUCCGUUGCAUGGCAGCUUGAGCAAUGCACGCCGCAAUAUGAUUUAUGUGCACGCCGUGAUGUAUCUGCUGCAACAGCUGAUGCAGCAACAGCAGCUAAGCGCUGGACAGGCACAGUCCAUGGCGGAUUUCCUCAUAAGAUUGCUGCAGAUAGCGCAGCAAUUGGAUGACGCGCAGGCGCAGCAAUCUGGUGUGAAGCUGGAACUGGAACAGGAGCAGGGUCAGGAGUUGGACAUAACGCAUACGCAACGUCUGCUGCAUUAUGUCUAUGCCCUGCGGCUCAGUCAGCUGCCCGCCACGCAGCUGCUCAGCGUCACCAGCGCCACGCAGCUGAACUAUGUGCGCUUUCUGCGACGUCUAAGUGCGCAUUGUCGCCAGCUGCCCAAGUUUGUCAGCUACACUGCGUACUUUAGGCUGCAGCUGCUCAAGGCCUUGGAAAUGGCUUUGGCUACAGAUGUGAAGCAGCUGGCGCAGGAACAGCUGCUGGAGGUGGUUGCGCUAAUGGAAAACUUUGAUUUGAAUGCUGAGGAAUGCGCGCAUAUGCUGCAGUUACUCUGCCAGAAGUUGCAGGCACACGACUAUGAGCAGCUGCCACAUUACUUUGAGCUGUUGCUGUUGCUGCUGCGCCGUUUGGCGAUGUUGCCAGAGGCUGUAGUGGAUUGCCAAGCGGCUCUGGUGAAGCUGCAGUUGUACUAUCAACAUUUUACACAAGCCGGCGGAGGCGCUUUGAGUGAGGCACAGUUGGAGCAGCUGGAGUCGGCGCUGCUGCAGUUUCUGAGCCAGCAACAUCAUCAUCUUGCCAGCUGCACCUCGGACUUUUUCAACUGUCUGCUGAACCAAAGCAGCGGUCGCAAGCUGAGCAAGCCAGGCAUACAGUUGUCCUGCCUGCUGCUGCAGCGGCUGCCCCAAUUGUCGGCAAAUGUUAAGGAGCAGCUGGAGCAAAAGGAGCUAAUGUAUGCCCUGCUGCAUGUUGCCUUCGAUUGCAAGUAUGUGCUGGAAGCGUCGCUGCUGCAGCGCUGCUACCAAGGCUACAAGUCAGGCAUACUCAAGAGCAUAGAGAAGCCACAAAAGGCGGCGUUGAUCUACCGCGAGCAUGCCGAGGCCAGCGCACAGUUGCUGGCCAAAUGCAUGCCCAAGUCGGAGUGCGUGGAUUACACACAGAAACAGCUGAAGUUCGAUGCAGUUGAGCUGUUCCAGCUGCGUGUGCUGCGCGAGAUCUAUGAGCAAGCCUAUGCAGCGGCGUCGGAGCAACAGCAGGCGAACAUCUUCAGCAACUAUGUGCAGCUGAAUGUGCAAAUGUUGGGCUUGGAUUUGAAGAAGCAAAGCGUGCAGCUGGGCAAGUUGCAGCAGUUGGCCUACAAUUGCUACAGCUGGUGGCAGCAACACCAGCAGCCCGAGGCGCUAGACUGGAGUCGCGUGCUGAAUGGAGCACAUUGGUUGAACUUUUGUCGCAGCUGCUUGAAGCAGGCGCUGCAGCUGAGUGAGCAGCCCGAGCAGCAGCAGCAAGCGGAUCAAGUAAAUGGACUCUUGCUGAAGCUAAUGGCGUAUCUGUGUGAGCAGCUCUACGAGGAUUACCAGGAGGAGCAUGCUGGCGCACAGCAGGAGCAAGCAGCGCUGCUUUAUGAGCUAAUCUGCACGCAUUCCUGCUGCUAUGAACAGUUGCUGGGCGAGGCGAGCGAUGUAAAGACGCAUAUACUGCAGCUGCUGGAGGUGCUGGCUCGCAAGGCGCCCUCAGCGUUGCAAGCAGCGCAUAUACCAGUCAUUCUGGGCUCCUAUCAAGCGCGACUGAGCGCCGCCGAUCGAUAUGCCUUGGCGCUGCUGGAGCACUAUGAACGCUUUGAGGUCAACCUAGCGCAAUAUCGUCCUUUCAUCUGGGGUGAAAGUGCUGUGGCUCAUUAUGCGCUGCGUGCAGCAGAUCCGGAUGAGCGCAGCAAGCUGCAGCAGCAGGAGACCAACAUAGCACAGGUGCUGGCAUUGAUCGCACCUACAGUUUGCCAGUACACCAUAGAGAACUUUCCCAUUUGGCGUGCGCUGCAGUCGAGCCAACAGUUGCCCACGUGUGAGUUUCAUGCGCCCGCUUUGGCAGCGCAGCGCUUUGGCGACAACAGCUUGGAGCAGCAGCUGGAGUCGGGCGUCACUGUCUUUGAUCAGCAAUUGCGACGUCUGUGCCCCAAGCGCGAACAGCUCUAUGAGCAGUGCUAUGAUCCCGCCUUUAUGCUGCCGCUAAUGCUGCACUGCUUUGCGCCGGAGUCGGUGGUGCGUGCCCAGUGGCCUGUGCAGAAUGGUCUGCUCGCCUUGAGCUUCUGCGCCCUGAGCUCGCUGGACAAGAAUAUGCGCCUGGCUGCGGCUUGUUGCCAGCAGCGCUAUCGCACGCACUUCGAGCUGGCCAAGUUCUAUGAGAAGCCACUGUGGACGCAGGCCUAUGACAAUAUACAGUCGGGCUUGAGCAAUUUGAGGCGCAGCUGGCUGGCGCAGCGACGCAGUCAUGGGGGCACGCCACGUGUGCCGCUGAUACCCGCGCUGUUCAUUGCGCACAGCUUUAACCUCAGCACAGAUCCCACGCAUCUGCUCUACAAGCGUCUGAUGAUGUAUUUGCAGCUGAAGCAGAGCUUUGACUUCCAGACCAUACCCGAGUUCAAUGUCUUCUUCUACUCGCAGGAGCCGGAGCAUCAGCAGUAUCGUGAGUUCAUCAUCGAGGUGCUGCGUUGUGGCAUCAAAUGCAGCGCGGAUCUGUUCCUGCUGGUGUCCACCAACACCUUCAAGGUGCUGCUCAGCUUCUACAACUCCAGCCUGGCUACCCUGGAGACCAAUCUGCUGCUGCUUUCGGUGCUCUCCACCUGCGUCAAAAUACCCGGCGCCGUGCGCAUUAUGCUGGAGCAUGUAGGUGUGCUCUCCUGGCUUUCGGGCGUCAUACGAGACACGCAGUUCCAUCAGUUCGACAUUAUCGAAGGUGUCUUGAGCAUACUCAACAAUCUCUACUAUGCUGUCGCCGCCAGUCAAGCCGAGCUGCCCGACUACGCCCAUGUGCAGUUGCGUCUGCAGCGUUUGGUCUUGCAACUGCUGCCGUUGCUCUCCCCACGCGUCUCGGUGCCAGCGCUGGCGCGUCUGCUCAAUGUGCUGCAAAAGACAGCCACUGCUGGUCAGUAUCAGGCGUUGUCCGCAUCCCAACUAGAUCAACUGCUGGAUUGUGUGGCACGUCAUUGGCCGACGGAGCUUGCUGGCAUACGCUAUGUGCGUCAAUUUGGCGGCCGCUUUGCCAGUCCACGUUCCGAGUACUGCAACUGGCUGGCCCAGGAACAACAGCUGGACACACAUGCCGUGUUGGCUCUCUCCAGCUUGCGCCAAUAUACCUGCGACUGGUGGGAGGCGAACCAAGCGUCCAACACUUCAAUUGAGCCAGCUGCUCUUCUACCCAUCGAACCAUCGUUGGAUGACACUAAAAUUGUAGGCAUUUUUUAAAGUUUAAGCUCAAAGUGUUAAAUGUUAAUAUACUCUAGUUAAGUUUUCUACAUGUUGCUUGCUGCCGAGUAAAA